GUCUGUGAGCAGCAGAGGAGCAGAUCCAGGUGUUGACAAACCAGUCCGGGGAGAGUGAAGUCAUCACACAGGAGGAAGAGACACUCAGCCAGAGACACAGCGAGGAAGAGACUUAGGAUAAAAAAACAAGCCAGCCAGUUCUGAACGACCCGUCGCCGAAAUGGGGACAUACUCUGAGACGAAGAGUGCAAACCUUGACAUGUCCGGGUUCGAGAACCUUCACAUCACGGAUAUGGAGCUCAAGGAAGAAUGGCAGGAUGAGGAAUUUCCCAGGCAACUUCCCGAGGAAACGGAGAGCCAAGGGUGUGAUCCCCCGGAGAGCCCCACUGAAGAAGAGGAAAGACCAGUUCCCCCUAGCACCCUGGCUCUCUCUGGGAAGAGGCUCAUGAAGAAGAGGCUGGUGGCUCCCUGCCUCAGCCUCACUCUGGACCGCAGUGACUCCAUUGUCUCGGACGACUUCCUCUCUGCCGGCCUGUCCCCCGACGAAGACUUCGACAUCGACAUCGACGACCUGGAGACCCCAUCCGACAAUGAGUCCUUCACCGUCCCAGAGGGAACGCACGAGCUGGAGUGGGAGGAUGAGUUGCCUAGGAGGCAGCGACCGCAGGAGGGCAGCGGGACGGCGCUGAGGGAGAGGGAGCGUUCGGAGGAGAGCCAGCCCAUGGACGAGGAGGACAGCCAAGGCAGGAAGUGGAGGCUGUUCCGCAUGGGGGAGCAGGAGUACCGGGUCAACAUGAGCGUGCUGGAGCCCUACCUCAGAGUGCUGUCACACGGGGGUUACUACGGAGACGGUCUGAACGCCAUCAUCGUGUUCUCUUCGUGUUACCUUCCGGAGAACCGCAUCGAGAACUACGAGUACAUCAUGGAUAACCUGUUCAGGUAUGUGAUCGGGACCCUGGAUCUGAUGGUCUCGGAAAACUACAUUCUGGUUUACCUGAACGGAAUGACCCCUCGCAACAAAAUCCCCAGCAUCGGCUGGCUGCGACAGUGCUACUUGACCAUCGACAGGAGGUUGCGGAAAAACCUGAAAGCGUUCCUGGUGGUCCACCCGUCCUGGUACAUGAAAGCCUUGACGACCAUCAUUCGACCUUUCAUCAGCUCCAAAUUCAGUCGGAAGAUGCGUUUCCUGAAAAGCCUGCGGGAAUUGUCCGAGCUGAUCUCAAUGGAGCACGUGGUCCUCCCCGAAUGCAUCUUGCAGCUUGACAAGAAAAUCAACAGUUCUUAGAAGCAGCAGAAGUAUUUUUGUAUCCUGUGAGAUGUCAACAUACUGUACAGAGAGAGAUGUACAGGGUGAUAUGAGAGGGUGUGUUGAUGUGGGAAAUGUACUUUCUAAUCACCCUUUAGUGGGACAGCAAUUCACAAUGCAUUCUGGUAUUUGGAGUCCUGCUUCACUUAAAGG